ACCUUCUCUCUGUGGAUUUCCCGCCCUUUCUCUCUAUUCUCUUCUUCCACCCUCAACGGCAUCUUUGGAUACGGGAUAGGCCUCGUAUUUGGUUUGUUCUAUCCAGCGUCUACCCAGCGUCUGUCUCUGUAUCUAUAUUUAAAGGGUAUCGCGUGUACACAGCUCUCGAAGUUAUGCUAUACGGCCAAAAUCUACCAUGGCGGCUUGCGCUCCGAAAUCUAACCACAACUUCUGCCAGACAUGCUUCACAUAAUGCGAGGAGGUUAUAUACUGCAUCUCGGCAGCGCCAGAUAGCGGCAGCUGCCACCUCGCCCUCAUUACGGCCUCGACUCCCGCCUCCCGCCACGUCGACUGGCGCCUCGAGCUUCUCGACCUCUCCCGCACGGCGGAAAGAGUCCAAGGACCCGAAAGACCAAUCUCCUGAAGAUGCGGCUGAUGAGAAUGCACAAAAGAAGGCUGCGGACAAGGUGAAGGAUGCGAGUGCCGAGGAAGUAGCUGAGGGCAGGAGUAGAGCCCCGGAAUCGGCAUCCCAGAGUGGCAAUGCUGCACCGGGAGGUGCGGUCGAUGGGCGGGCAAGCAGUGGUGCGUCUGCUGGGGGAAGCAGUGAUUCUGGCAAUGGAGAUGGUGGGAGGAAAGGACGCAGGCCAGCCGUUGAAAAGGCUCUGCAGAAACCAAGCAUCCCAGAUGUUUACCCGCAGGUCAUGGCUAUCCCUAUAACGAAGAGACCCUUGUUUCCAGGGUUCUACAAGGCUGUCACCGUCCGAGACCCCCAUGUGGUUGCUGCGAUACAGGAUAUGAUCAAGAGGGGGCAACCGUAUGUGGGAGCGUUUCUCAUCAAGGAUGAGAACUCGGACCGGGAUACGAUUGAGAGUAUGGAUGAUGUCCACGAUGUCGGCGUAUUCGCGCAGAUCACGAGCGCUUUCCCACUUCAUGCGGACGAGAAUGCGCUCACCGCAGUCCUUUACCCACAUCGCCGAAUCAGAAUGUCUGAGCUUAUUACACCGGAACAGAUCAAGAGCGGCGAGGCGAAAAAGGCUGAAGGGUCGGCAUCUGAGCCUGGAGUCCCCGAUGUCAUUCCCGCGAAGCAGACAAAGGAAGACAAGGUACAAGAGAAGAAGGGGGAUGUCGUUGCCAGUUUUGAGGAGGGCGCGGUCCAGCCCAAGAGCCCCGAUAGCCCAGCGUCUUACGAGCCAACUUCAUUCCUGCGAAAAUACCCUUCUGCCGGCAAUGUUAUGCAGGAGCCAGGUAAGCUGGCUGAUUUCGCCGCGGCGGUCUCUGCUAGCGAUGCGCCUGAGUUGCAGGAUGUUCUCGAGACACUCAAUGUUGAGGAGAGGUUACAGAAGGCAUUGGUGGUCUUGAAGAAGGAACUCAUGAAUGCUCAGCUGCAGUCAAAAAUCUCCAAGGAUGUUGAGAGCAAGAUCCAGAAGCGACAGCGAGAAUACUGGUUAAUGGAACAGAUGAAGGGAAUUCGCAGAGAGCUUGGUAUCGAAUCUGAUGGCAAAGAUAAGCUGGUUGAGAAGUUCAAGGAAAAGGCGAGCAAACUGGCGAUGCCAGAAGCUGUCAAGAAGGUUUUCGACGAAGAGAUCAACAAACUAGCCCAUCUGGAGCCGGCCGCUUCGGAGUUCAAUGUGACGAGAAAUUACUUGGACUGGCUAACUCAAAUUCCCUGGGGCCAGCGGAGUGCAGAGAACUUUGGUAUCAAAAACGCAAUGACAGUGCUUGAUGAAGACCACCAUGGCUUGAAGGAUGUGAAGGAUCGAAUCCUUGAGUUUAUUGCAGUUGGAAAGCUACGGGGCACUGUUGAGGGCAAAAUUCUAUGUUUCGUGGGCCCGCCUGGUGUUGGCAAGACCAGUAUUGGCAAGAGUAUUGCCAGAGCACUAAACCGCGAAUACUACAGAUUCAGUGUCGGAGGACUGACGGACGUCGCCGAAAUCAAGGGUCAUCGAAGAACAUAUGUUGGAGCACUUCCUGGACGGAUCAUACAAGCACUCAAGAAAUGCCAGACUGAGAAUCCGUUGAUAUUAAUUGAUGAGAUCGACAAGAUUGGCAGAGGUCAUCAAGGAGACCCAGCCUCGGCGCUGCUGGAGUUGCUUGAUCCCGAGCAGAACUCCUCAUUCCUUGAUCACUACCUCGAUGUUCCUGUUGAUCUUUCCAAGGUCCUCUUUGUCUGCACUGCCAACAUGACCGACACCAUCCCUCGGCCACUUCUCGACCGUAUGGAGAUGAUUGAGCUAUCUGGUUACGUAGCCAACGAGAAGAUGGCGAUCGCUGAAAGAUAUCUAGCACCGGCAGCAAAGGAAUUAGCUGGAUUGAAGGAUGUUGACGUCAACCUUGAUAAAUCUGCUAUCGAGGAGUUGAUCAAGUCAUACUGUCGGGAAUCUGGUGUUCGAAACCUGAAGAAACAAAUCGAAAAAGUGUACCGCAAGUCGGCAUUGAAGAUUGUGCAAGAUCUUGGUGAAAGUGUUCUUCCCGAAGAAGAAGCUUUGACCGACGAAGGAAAAGCAGCUUUUGCAGAAUCUGAGAAGGAUACAUCAGAUGUGAAGGAAACAUCAGAAAAUAUCGAAAAGGAGACUACAGCGGUACCACGCGUCAGCCUCAAUGUUCCAGACACCGUACAUGUCACCAUCGACAAAGAUAACCUGAAAGACUAUGUUGGCCCUCCAGUCUUCACGUCGGAUCGUUUGUAUGAUAUAACACCCCCAGGAGUGGCAAUGGGACUUGCUUGGACGCAAAUGGGGGGAGCGGCGCUGUAUGUGGAGUCGAUUUUGGAGAGCGCUUUGACACCGUCAUCUCGUCCCGGACUUACAACGACUGGUAAUCUGAAAUCCGUUAUGAAGGAAUCAACAUCCAUUGCCUACUCCUUUGCAAAGUCAGUCAUGGCCAGGGACUUCCCCGAAAACCACUUCUUCGAUAAGGCGAGGUUACAUCUCCACUGCCCGGAGGGGGCUGUCCAGAAGGAUGGACCUUCCGCGGGUAUCACGAUGGCAACCUCGCUUCUUUCACUGGCGUUGAAUCAACCCCUCGAUCCUACCAUUGCCAUGACCGGUGAACUUACUGUCACCGGAAAAGUGCUCAGAAUUGGCGGUCUCCGAGAGAAGACUGUUGCUGCCCGACGAGCCGGCUCCAAGAUGAUCAUCUUCCCUGAGGACAACAUGUCCGACUGGUUAGAACUCCCCGAUAACAUCAAGGAGGGCGUCGAGGGCCGGCCAGCCAAAUGGUACUCUGACGUAUUCGACCUGGUCUUCCCCAAUCUUGAUAAGGAGAAAGCGAACAACGUAUGGAAGGCGCAGCUUACGAAGAAGGAGAAGGAUAAGAGCGAAGAGGAUGAUUGAGCAAGUCACUUUGUGUUAGAUACCUUGUUGGACCCUACGUGUGUCAAGGCUUGAAUGGAGCAUCGAUGGGAGCUGAUGGUCGGCGGGGGGGUGGUGUUGCGUAUACUUCGGCGUUACUGGAUCAUUUGUGCGUCGAUCGACCACGGGAAAGCAUUCUCCUCUCAGCUGCAUCUGGAGAGACUUAUCUAGUCACGAGACAUCAUUGGAGUAUAUAAUGUAUAGGUAUUGUACAAUAAAUACACCGAAGCCGCCCUCGUCGGGGGUGAAGGGCUUUGAGGGCCGGCGGGUUGAGCGUUCGCUGGCUGUUUCAAAACUAGAGAGAAAAAAAGAACAUAGAAGUGUCGUGUUGUGUAGCAUGUGCGCAUGUAUGGUGUAGCAUAUACCGUCC